GUUGUUGUGUUGGUGUGUAUGUUGUGUGUUGUGUUGUUGUGUGUUUGUGUGUGUUGUUGUUGUUGUGUGUUUGUGUGUGUUGUUGUUGUGUGUUUGUGUGUGUUGUUGUUGUGUGUUGUUGUUGUUGUGUUGUUGUUGUUGUUGUGUGUUGUUGUUGUUGCGCAUAGGCAGCAGCAGUAGCAGCAUCAGCGGCAGCAUCAUCAGCCGCGUUCGUCUCGCGCCGCACAAACGCCGCAAACACCGCCCCCGCCCGCCCGCUCGCUCGCUCCUGCGAAUACGGCGAAUGAUAAACACCGGCGAACACACACACACACUGCACACCAACAACAAACAACAACAACAACCACAGAUAAAGACGACGACGACGACGAAGACCAACAAACAGCGAGGGUGUUAGAGGGCCGAGGCCGCGGGGUGUGGACGCUGCGAGGCGGCCGUGGCUGUUCAGGAAACGGCGGCGAAAGCCUGCGCUAGGCCCCACGGAUGAUGAAGAAAAGAGUCGUGAAGACUCCGAACAGCCCGAGUGAGACUGUGGAGAAAGGCACUCAGACUGCGCAGUGUGACCAUGUCUGCUGCCUGGGCCACAGCACGGAGCUUGGAGACCCACCGCUCCUGCAGAGACAAGCUUCCACCUCCAAGGCUGGCAUCCAGCAGAUCAUCGAAUGCUUCCGCUCCGGCACCCGGGAGCUGAGGAAUCUCCUGCUGCGGGAGGUUGACACGAUCUUCGAGUGCCGUCUGUGCCGGGGCCUUUUCCGGGGGCUGCCCAACCUGGUGACGCACCGCGAGCACUACUGCCGCACCGCGCUGCCCGGCAGCCAAGACGAGCUGGGCCGUGGCGAUGAGCCAGGCCACACGCGCGUCGCUCGGGACCUGCUGGACGCGAUGGCGCCGCGAGACGACAUCAUCGGCGGCGGCGACGGCGACGCCCGCGCGGCGCCGGGCUACGUGCUGCGUCUGCAGGCCAUCGGCGGCAACCCCCACGCCGUCUUCCAGCACGUGAGCAGCGCCGGCGCCUCGGCACGCCGGGGCCCUCUGCAGGACGGGCAGCCCGUGCCGCAGCUGCCCGCCGCCGCCCUGGCCGGCGGGAGAGACGCCGGCGCGGACCGGGGCGAGCGGGGCAACGCGGCGCAGACCGCCGCCGGCGCCCUCUUUGCCGGCGUCGCCUCUGCCGGCGCCGCGACCGCGACGACCCAGCCGAGCGGCGGCAGGGAGCGCCCGCGCAAGAACCGCAAGCUCUCGCGCUGCACGUUCUGCAAGGGCACGUUCACCUCCAAAAUCGGCCUGCGCCUGCACACGGCCCGGGCUCACCUCGGGCUACUGCGCGCCGGGCGUCCGGACGCCGACUCGGCCGGCGUCGGCGCGGCGCCCGCGUCCCCCUCGUCGCCCGCCGCCGAGGGCCGCCGCGACCGGACGUUCGGCUCCGGGGCCGAGCUCCUGGAGCGCUUCCUGGAGCGCGACGGCGGCGAGCGCGGGGAGGGGCCCGGCGACGGCACCGCGUCGCCCGUGUCCGGCUCGCGGCCGCGGGGAGCCGCCGCCGGCGGCCACGGCCGCCCCGGCACGGAGGAGGCCUUCGCGUCGGGGCUCUACUCCCCGCUCGGCGCGCCGCCGUCGCCCGACCCGCCGCCCGGUGGGGCCCCGGGGCCGUCCCGGCGGCUCUCCGCGCCGAGGGCCGACGCCGGGUUUGUCGACUCGGCCGGUGGCAGGGAGGGGAUGGCCCUGGACGACGACGGAGUAGACGGCGGCAGAGACGGCGGCGGCGGCGACGGCGGAGGAGGAGGUGGGAGGGGGAACUCGGCGGUGGCCGAGCCGGGAGAGGUCGGGUCGUCGGCGACAUCGGUGCUGGCGGCGACGCCGCAAGGCGACGGGCCGGCCGGUGGCGACGCGGGGCGGGCGCGUGGCGGGAGCCGGCGUUCGCUCAAGGCUCGCAAGAAUAAGUUCUGUCCCCUGUGCUGCAAGGCGUUCUUUGACCACCGCGGGGUCAAGAAGCACCUGAAGAAGGUCCACAAGGUGAGGAGGAGCCAAGCGGCGGCAGCGGCGGCAGCGGCGUCGGCGUCAGUGGGAGACACCGAGCUGAAAUGCGAGCCCCCCGACAGAGCGCCGGGCGAGCCGGAAGCGCGGGCCGCCGAUCCGGGUCUCGACAAAUCUACUGGCAGAGCCGCGGGCAGGGUAAGGAAACCCCGCGGGGUCGGCGAUGCGAGUGAGUGCACCGAAGGCGGUGGCGACGGCGGUGGUGGUGGUUUGGCGGGUCGGCGCCCCAACAACGUUUGCCCCGUGUGCGACAAAUCAUUCUCGAGGUCUAGCCACAUCGUGCGGCACAUGGAGACCAUGCACACGGCCACGCAACAACCCGGCGCCACCGCUGGCGCCACCGCCGGCGCCACCGCCGGCGGUGGCGCCGGCAACGCCGUUGUCGGGGUAAAGGAGACACCACUCAAAAAGAGCCGGUGCGGUAAAAAUGCUCCGGCCGGCACGACGGCCAAGAAGGCAACUCGUAAACCGACGCCUCCACCGCCGCCGCCGACGCCACCGCCGCCGCCCCUCGCUGACGCCCGGGGAAGCGACGCUCGCGCGAGGAGGGACGCCGGGCAACCUCGCGGCACGGGUCGCGCAGGCGCGCGGAAGCGCGCCGCCGAGUCUCCCUCGCCGGUUUCGCCCAAGACGCCCAAGUUGACGCCCAAGUCGCUGCUGCCCAAGUCGCCGCCGAAAUCGCCGCCGAAGUCGCCGGCGAAGUCGCCGCCGAAGUCUCCGCCGAAGUCGCCACCGAAGUCGUCGCCGCCGAAGUCGUCGCCGCCGGCGAGGCCGUCGUCGGUCGCCGACGCAGUCGCCGUGUCGCCCGCGGAGGGUCUGGCGUACGUGCGCGCCGUGUGCGACGACGCGCGCCUGCGCUGCGGCCUGUGCUCGCAGCGCUUCCGGGCGCCGGCGGCGCUGCGGCGCCACGCCAGGACGCACUUCUCCCGCGACCGCCGCUUCGUGCGCCUCUUUCGGUGCCCGCGCUGCGACUUCGAGUCGUGCUGCCGCGACGCCGUCGGGGUGCACCUCGUGGCCACGCACCGGCCCAAGACCAAGGAUCGGGCCGCGCUGCUGCUGCGCGUGCACAAGGAGCAGAUGCUGAGGCCCGCUAAGGCCGCCCUGCAGUCCAUCCUGCGGCGGCAGCAGCAGCUGCAGCAGCGCGACGUGCGGUGACGCGUCGGUUGCGUUCGGGGGUCCGGGGUGGGGGUACGGGGGGGGGGGCCUAAAGGAGGAGACUGCCGUGCGGGCCGACGCGGUGGCAGGGUUUGCGGUGAGCACGGUCGGCUACGCGCGGUGUGGAAGACGUUCAACGUACGUACUGGCGCUGGCUAGGAUCGUUGGCUCGGCGUGGUUUUGCCCGGUACCCUUUGCUGUAGGAGAGGGGAGGUUGCCAUGAGUGUACGUGUUUGUGUGUGCGUGUGCGUGUGUGUAUGUGCGUGUACGUGCGUGUGGGGAGUGGUAGUGUUGCGGUUAGCGACGCGAGUUCGAUUCCCGCUCACGGCCAACACCGGUGACGAUUAUCUGAACCGGUCCUGGGCCUCCCCCAGGUCGACUUGGCCUCAAAUGAGUACCUGGUGCGGUGUGUAAACACCGCCACUAGGGAGACAAAGGCAGCCGGGCGUGGUGCUGGCCACCCACCCCCUCGUGUGCCGUGCCGGCCUUCAUAGGCGCUGUUGUUGCUCGCUAACAGCAGCUAUACGGGGAAUCUUUGUCCCGCCGGAUGGUCUGGAGGUUCGAGCGUGAAGGUAGGCGCCGUUGAUGGCCUGGACCGCUGUCACACGUGGGUACGUUGCGUCUACAAGCGCUGCCGUGUUGAUUGUCUUGGCAUGGCCAUCAGAGACUGCACAGUAACCUUCAGGUCAAUGGACAUCAUAUAUUUAUUAAAAUUAACUAAAUUAAAACUAUAAAACUACUUUUUUAUUUUACUAGCUAAGGCCCAAUGAGCUAUGUAGCUCUUUUUUCAGAAGUAUCCUGGCUAUCACAGCAAAUGACAUCUCAAUGAAGUGGAUUAUCAGGUGGAAAUGUAUAGCAGUCAAAUGCUCGAAUUCUAAAUGUGGAGGGGAGAGCCGGAGAAAAAUCCACGUGACCACGUGGAGAGAGAGACACGCAAACCCCAAAUAUACAGCAGCAGGCGUCAGGGUGGGGAUCGAACCCACGACCUCCUGCACACCAGGCGAGGUAGUUAACAUCUCCUAGCCAGCAUGGCGCCCAUGGUGGAGAGAUUUUAUUAAUUCGCUCGACCCGGCCAAUCUGCAGCCGUGAGUAGUAAACAUUUAUUUAUUUGGUGAUAACGGAACACAAACACUCCUUUGGCAGAGCAUUGUGGAAUUCAGCUUCAGAAGUGGUUCCUGCAUUGUCAUCAUCUCCCUUCCUGCUCUCAUUCCUUUUGGUUCCCGAUUCAUCAACAUCCUUUCAGAAUCAGAAUCUUUAUUUAGACUGGAGAAGGAAAUCCGAAGAGCCGUGAAGCUCUUUUUCACGGGGCCAGCAAAAUCUCAACAGCCAACGAUACAAAAACGCGAUCGGGAGUGCAGAAUAUUAACAAUGGUGAGCAAGUAACUAAAUUUAAUUAAAUGGAUUAUCUAAGUCCGAUUUAUCAUGAUUGGGCAAGGCAGCCCACAACAAAACAGUCCCAGACCACACCAAGAGAACACCAUGCAUUGCACUACCGAUACGACACAGGUCACCAUCACAGUCACAAAUCGCAGUCGCGAAUGUGACCGGCCGUAUCCGGUACUACCAAUUUUACGCUUCAGGACGUAUGUUUUUUUUUCGAAGGAACAUUUUGACGAAUGUCGAGGGAGCGAAACGAGCGCUGUCCCAAAACGUCGUUGCCCCAACGGCAAAGGCUUUCGUCACCUACCAGAGAUGCUUGUGCCCGACACAGGGUGGUGCAACGCUAUAUAUAGCGGCUCGCUUCACGUGUUCUCGUUUAGCGCGAGCGAGUGGCUUGGGUCACCGGAAUAACGAGAACAAAAGCACCAGCGGCGAAGCGAAUAGAAAUGCGACGCAGCAGUAACAACGACAACAACAACAACAACGGCAACAACUGAUUGGAUGUCAGAGCCCGGGCGAGCGAGUAGAAAUCGUAGCAAAAACGUCCUUGCGGAAGGAAUGGAAAACGACAUGGAAAUAUACAAGUCGACGUUAAAUGAAAUGAGUCUCGAUUUCGCGUGGUGAAAGUUUGCUCGGAUAAAUCGCUUUAAAACAUUAAGCUUUGGGCACGUUGUUUCGCAGGGGGCUUGUUUGUGGACGUACCAUCCUAGCCAAUUGGAGCCCAGCCCAAUUCCUACCCACAACGUUUACUCCUGGCUUCUCGGCUCUUGCGGAAACCUCGUUGCUCGCUAUUUUACUUUUAUCCUCACCGUGAAGUCCGCCCAGUGUCUCGCACGCAUCGGCCACCCCUCGGCUGCAGUCUCCACAGAGUCCUGGCUUUCUCCGGGUAAACAAUUUAUUUAUUAAUCGGUAGAGCACAUGUGUGUAUACGUGCACGUGUGUGCAACUGUGCAGUGAGUGGGGAGCGGCGGUGCAGCGGUUAGCGCACUGUGCUACGAAGCUGGUGACCCGAGUUAGAUUUCCGCUCACGGCCAACACCGGUGACGAUUAUCUGAACCGGUCCUGGGCCUCCCCUAGGUCGACUCAGCCUCAAAUGAGUACCUGGUGCGGUGUGUAAACAUCGCCACUGGGGAGACAAAGGCGGCCGGGCGUGGUGCUGGCCCCCCACCCCCUCGUGUGCCGUGUUGGCCUUCAUAGGUGCUCGCUAACAGCACUUGCCCCAAUAGCCUGUUGUAGGCUAUACGGAGAAUCUUUGUCUUUGUGUGUCUGUGCGUGUAUAUGUUCACAUGUACAUUAUUGUACAUUACAUACAGGGUGUGUGUGUGCUUUCACGUGUGUGUGUGUAGGUACAUGUAGGGGGAAGGGAGUGGUGGCGCAGUGGUGAGCUCAUUUGUGCUUCCGAACCCAGCGAGUGUCCCGAGUGUGAUACCCAGCCCACGGCUAACAUCAGUGGCCCACCCCCCACCCCUUCACGAACCCGCAUUGACCAGCGUGGUGAAGUAUGGUCAAACAAACCGGGAGGAGGGGGGGGGGGGCUCCAACAAUGGAGUGUAGAAUAGUAUCUAAACGUAAUGAUUUAUAAUUAUUUAAAUGUACACAUUAAACAUGUACAUAGGUUAAGUCGCACGCAGAGCUGAGGGCGGAAACCUUUGAACCUUAGGCGUGAUUAGUCGUCCUGCUCUCGGGUCGACUCAGCCCUAAAUGAAGUCAUACUGUGCUGUGUAAACAUCAUGCACAAGGCUGCUUGGGCGUAGUGCCGACCACGAAGACCUUCAUAGGGGCUCGCUAGUUCCCCUUCCCCCGCGCCUCCGAUUUGCACGGUUGGCUACGUACGGUGCGAAGAAAGUUAAACACGCGUACGUACACGGGGGGUGUGUUUCUACUUGAGUGCAUGCGCGGCGAGCGGUGGCGCAGCGAUUGGCGCACUGCGCCACGAUUCCAGUGGGGCCGGGUCCGAUUCCCGUCCGCUAAAUCGACUCAGCCCUGAAUGAGUAGCACCUGGCGCGGUGUGUAAAGCAUCAGCACUGGGGAGACAAAGGCGGUCGGGAGGGGUGGGGGAUGUUCUUGUCUGCGUGGCCGUACGGGGGGUGGUGGGAGAUGGCGUUGUACAUUCUUUUUUUUAAUGUAUAUCGUGUUUUCAUGAAUAAAUUGUGUUUGUUUGUCCCUUAUUUAGGAGGUUUGACCCCACAGAGUGUGUGCUCCCCCGUGCUGAUGGAGGGAAGGAGGAGGGGUGGACGGGAGGGACUGAAAAAUGUGUGCAAACGUACGCAAGGGCGCCGCGGUGCUAGAGGUCUCUGCAAAGGUUGACUUGCACAUUAAUUGCCGCGUAACCUUACCCCACCGCUCCCCUUCCACUGCCCCGCUCCUUUGUCGUAAGUCAACGCGUGCGCGCAAACGCGCGUGCGUGUGCGUAUCCGUCGUAAGCGGUGCACAACACAACAACAACAACAGCCGCCAUUCGCCACUAAGUGGCGGUCACGACAACCACGGCGGCCGUGGCAGGCUAGGUGCACUCCGAGGCCGCGUGGGGUGUCAAAGGCUCGGUGGCAGGAGGUCACGGGACAGAGCCGGGUGGUGCCGUGGGUUGACUGACCGAGAUGACCGCAGAUGCUCUGGCCGCGCCCCCUACCGUGCGCGCGCGUGGGGCCCUCGCGCGUCGGCCGGUCGGCGAUGCUCUCCACUGGGCCGCCAACGACUGCACAAUAGACGCGCAGAGGAUGUGCUCCGGUGUCGAUGACGCGGGGUACGAGAGGAGGACGUGCAAUCGGGAGACGGGGGUGGCGGCGGCGGCAGCGGCGCGGUGUGCGUAGCCGUCGCCUAGGGGUAACAGCCAAUCGGGGCGGUCGCCCCGGGCCCCGCACUGUGGGGGGCUCCCCCCCCCCCUACCCCCGCGCGCCGCGACGUCGCGCUGUCAGAUGUGAUAUUUCCGGUUUAGUUUGAAGGCGUCGGCAGGGGCAGGGGGUAAAAACGGGGGGCAGACGGAGGCCCACACGGUGGGGUUAGCCCCGGGCCCCGCACACCCCCCCCAUGGACGGCCCUGGCGGCUGGCGUGGUGGGCCUUGGUGCGAGGAAAUGAAACGGGGCCCACGCUCCGAACGUCGCGCCCAACUCCGUAUUAUCACUGUUGUGCUCGUUCAGCGUGCGGUUCGGAGCCCGAUGUGUCCGCGUGUGGUCCCAGUGGAGUACGCGCGCGGCUAACUCCUACGGCGUUGGGACAUUUUUAGCCAAUGCUAGUUACUUUGUACAUAUGGGGGAGGCGGUUGUCUUUUUGUUGAGCUACGAGUGGAAACCGGAGAACGCGGAGGGAACCGAUGGCAGCACAGGGCUCGGGGCACCCGAGUCGGGAGUCGAACCUGGGCGCCGCUACCCCGGACGCGAUGCGCGCCAAUACGGCGAAUCUUUCAAGAAUCGGAAUCGGAAUAUUUUUAUUUAUCGAGGGGAAAAUCGGUUAGCUACAGACGUCGCGGUGUAGAGGCACGCACGUACGCACGGCGGAGCGGAACGUGCGGCGUUGUACAGAAUCACGCAGGGCUUGUACAGAGACGUGUUUUGAAUGAACGCAGAGGUCACGGAGUUGUGUACAGAUAUUUGAGGAAUAGGCGUAAAGACAAACACGGGUAAUGGCAACGCACGUCGUCGAGGAACGGUGACGCGCCGAUUGUUAUUGUUUCAGCUCGACUCGCCCACCCACUCACCAAUCCACUCACCCACUCACCUACUGACCCGUUCACGCACUCGCUCAUCCUCUCGGUCACCUACCCACUCACUCACCAAUCCACUCACCCACUCACCUACUGACCCGUUCACGCACUCGCUCAUCCUCUCGGUCACCGACCCACCCACUCACCAAUCCACUCACCCACUCACCUACUGACCCGUCCACGCACUCACUCAUCCUCUCAGCCACCUACCCACUCACUCACCAACCCACUCUCCUACUAACCCACUCAUCCCAAGGCCGUAGCCAUGGAGUCAACAUUUGGGGGGGACCAAAUCUUCCAGGGGGUCUGGGGGUCCCCCCCCAGAAAAAAAAAUCUAAAUUUAUUUCCUGCCUAAAAAAUUCACGAACACAUAGGAUGGACUAUUAUUUUUUACAAUAAUGUCUAAUAGUGUAUUGUAUUACAUUGCUCUGUUGUUUUGUCUUGUUCAUUGUAUGUAAUGGCAGAGGUUAGGGAUUAAUAAACUACAACCAUAACCACAAUCAUAUGAACAGAAAUCUAUUUUAUAGCAAUAUAUGGGGGGGGGGGACAUUUUGAGCAUAUUUGAGGAUGUGUCCCCCUCCAAUAUUUAUUAUAAUUACGGCCUUGACUCAUCCACUCACCCAUCCACUGACCCACCGACUCGCCCACUUACCCACUCACUCACCCACCUACUUGCUUAGCCACCCAACUACUCACCCACCCAUUCGCUCACCCACUUACCCACCCGCCCACUGGCUCAACCACUGACCCACUCACUCACCCUCCCACUUGAUUACCCACCCAACCACUCACCCACUAACCCACCCACUCACCCAACAACUUGCUUACCCACUCACCCAACCACUUGAUCACUGUAGAUAGCUCGAGAGUGACUCGCAGCCGGAUUGAGCAGCAACUAGAUCUGAGAUUCGUGACGUUUCGCUUGAAACUGCGUCGGGCGGAAUUAAAAUUAAUUCCGAAUUCGGCUGUGAGGAUCCCGCUCCAACUCGCCCGCUGUGAGCGAGCGAGUGAGUGGAUGAGUGGGUGAGUGAGUGGGUGGGUGAGUGGGUGGGUGAGUCAGCGAGCGGGUGAGCGAGUGGGUGGGUGAGUGGGUGGGUGAGUCAGCGGGUGGGCGAGCGGGUGGGCGAUCGGGUGAGCGAGCGAGUGAAUGGGCGAGCGACGUGAAGCGAUAGCAGUCGCCGCGCUGUCCCAACGCUCUCGCGCCGCGUGACAACUUUCAUUUGGCCGCGUCGGGUGGAUCGUCACGUUGCGCAGGCUUAACCCCCCACCCUUAGCCAGCCCCCUCCACCCUCCCCCCCCCAACAACAAAAAAUCACGAAUCGUAACGUGUGGCCGCGAAAGUAGCUCCGCGUGCAGGAUACGUUGAAUGACGUGUUUCAAGGAAACACUUUGAAGGGUCGGGGUCACGUGGGCACAAUCUGCCCAUUGUCGUCAGCACUGAGAGGUCGGUGGCAAUCCCAGCAGCAGCAGCAUCGCGUGGCGUGGCGUGUGGUGCGUGCGGCACCACCUGUAGUCAGGCGCGUGCCGUGAGCCGUUCCAACCCUCCGCUGCACCGCCGCCCACCUGGGUGGCGAGCGGGCACCGUGACCUUGGAGUGACCUCGCUCGCUCGCUCGCUCCUCGGCGCGUUGCGAACGUCGACGGUGCCGUAAUGCACGCGUAGUCUGUUGCACUUUACGCGUGUCCAGCCCCCCCACCACCCACCACCACCCCCUUCUCUCCUCUACCCUCCCUCCGACCCCCCAUCUAUUUUUUAUUCCCCAAACAUUCUCGUGGUUUUAGUUGCCGACUUCUGACCUGGGGGAACGUCAACAUCAUUGUUGUUAUUAUAACCACCCAGCGCCCAGUCGGACUCUCGGUGGCCUCUUGUGCUGGGUAAACAACAACAACAGCAGCGACAACAACCAAUACAAUUAGAAUCAGAAAUCUCUAUUUAGACUGGAGGAGAAAUCCGAUCAGCCGUGAAGUUAUUUUUCACACGUGUCCAGCAGUUCACGUGGCGGUGACGGGCACCGCUGCGCUUGUGCCAGGCUAGGUGCACCUUGCUGGGCGAUUACUGGACAUCUGUGAAACAGAGCUUCAUAGCUCAUCGGAUUCCUCCAUGGUAAAUAAAUAUUCUGAUUGUAACAUUCUGACAUGACCACACACACACAGGGAGAGACCCCGAGUCGCGUGUGUGUCACUGCAAGGGGGGGGGGGGGAGGGCGCAGUGGUCAAAACAAAUUCGAAACGCAUCGCUUCUUUCCAGCUUUAAAACAUCGCAGCACUCCGCUGCCCCAUUUCAUUUCGGCCGACGACGCUUCGGGGAGCGGGGGAGGGGGGCCGUGUCCAAGCGCAAGGCCUCGUGAAAUGAAACGUCGCGCCCCGCGUCCUGCUCACGGCUCCCCCCCCUCCCCUCCCCCCCCGGCUGUGAGAUAAUCUUGAGAUGCUUCUCUCGGGAAGUUUGUGUUGGUGGGAGAUUUCGAUUGUGAAUUGCGCCGUUGCCGAUGACGACUUGUUUGGGGAGGUAGGGUCCCAGAGGGCGGUGGAGCAAAGCAAAGCCAUGACCCCCUCCUCCCUCACCACCCCAGACCCCCCCCUUCCUCACCCCCCCCCCCCCGCCUUCGCCCCCCUCUCCUGCCCCCCCCUCCUGCCCCAUCUCCCCCACCCGCCACCCCGCCUCCCCUUCUGAUUUUAGGAACCACCAAAGGUUCAGAGGUCACCGAUCUCAACGUUGUUUGGGUGGUUUUUUGUUUGUUCUGUAACAGUUGCUAAAGCGAAGGCCCCAAAACACCAAAGCGGCCAGCGACAAACAGCACCAACGGCUAAGCGCGUUCGCUGUCGGCAGCUCCUGUAAACACAACGGCUCCGAUGGCCAUCACGGGAGGGGGGAGGGGCAGAGGGGGGCAUCGCAUCUUAGGGCCCUCCUGGGGAAUGACCGGCGUUGUCUUCUACUACAGAGACCCAGUGAGGUUCUCGUAGGGGAUUGAUAAUUCACGAUGUAACACGAUGUUUGUUCCUGGGUAGUAAGUGGUAUUUCAUAAUUGCUUAUGCCUCAAAAGUUUUGAAAAUGGCUAUUAUUCCCCACAAACUUUGCUUUUGUGACCAGGACUUUACGUGAAGGAAAGACACAAAUGCACCUGUUUUCUAAUUGAAAAUAUGUACAUUUCUAAAUUUCACUGUCCUGGUCACAAAAGCAAAGUUUGUGCGGAAUAAUAGCCAUUUUCUGUAUUUUUGAGACAUAGACAAUUAGGAAAUAACACUUACUACCCAGAACAUGAAAUAAAUUUGUUACACAGUGUUAUUAAUGGAGUGGAUUAUUAACUUUGUUUUUGUGUCCUGGUCACAAAAGCAAAGUUAAUGGGGAAUAAUAGCCAUUUUCUAUACUUUUGAGGCAUAAGCAAUGAGAACAUAACACUACCCAUGCACAUAAAAAACAUUGUUUUUGUUACACCGUGUGAUGACCGCUCACGUUAACUGGACAGUGGGCACCUCUUGAAGGUGUUCUCGCUCGCUCGCUCUCUCGCUCUCUCUCUCGCUCUCUCUCUCGCUCUCUCUCUCGCUCUCUCUCUCGCUCUCUCUCUCGCUCUCGAGUGACCGGCCAGCCGAGGGGAUCAUCCGACUGAAUUCCGAGCGAGUCGGCAGCUUUGUUUGUCACUGAGCGAGGUGGCUGGGUGGGGUGGGGGGGGGGGUCACACAGAGGGUCAGAGGGGUCAGAGUGGCCGCAGUGAGUUGAUGGUGUCAGCCCGGUCACCAGCGACUCGCGUAAAGGCCCAGCAGACUCGCACAGAGACUCAUAGACUCGCAGAGCGACCCAUAGACUCACACGGAGACCUAUAGACUCACACAGAGACCCAUAGACUCGCACAGAGACCCAUAGACUCGCACAGAGACCCAUAGACUCACACAGAGACCCAUAGACUCGCACAGAGACCCAUAGACUCGCACAGAGACCCAUAGACUCGCACAGAGACUCAUAGACUCGCAGAGCGACCCAUAGACUCACACAGAGACCCAUGGACUCGCACAGAGACCCACAGACUGGCAAAGGCUGGGUUGUGGUGAUGAAACUGGGUUCUCACGUGCAGCGAGUUGAUUGUCUCAGCCCUGUCAGCCAAACAAAAACAAAAAAACGAUCACAAUUUGGUUUCUGCGCUUAAUUUGGCUAAAUCCUGGCUCCGUGGAGUGAAAUGAUGCGUUUCACUGUCAUCCAGUGAACAUGAAUCUCACAGAGAGCGGGUCGGGAGAGUGCUGCCCCCUUGUUGUGUGUGGCCCGGAGCGGUGACUCGAGAGGAGCGGAUCUCCCAGGUAGAUCUGCGACAUCCACUUCCGUGGGCCAUUCCCUCGCACAAAGGGAGAUCCGUACCCGCUCUGCGAGAUUUCCAAAUUGAUUCCUCGUCUCGGGAUGAACGUUUGCCGGUGGCGAGGCUGGGAUGUAAAUGACAGCUGAUAACGGAAUCCACGUGGAAUUUUACAGCGGCGGCAAAAAAAAAUUUACACAUUCGACGUACCGGAUGAUUGGUAAACCGCGAAACCUACUGGGUGACGUGCAUCGCUGGGACUGCAGUUUCGAGGCGCUGUCCUUCGAGCUGUGUCGUAUCGGUCGCUCGCCCGAGGUUUAAUGAGCGGGCGACACUCCAAACCACGCCGUAGCCUUUGCUGCCAGAAGAAAAAUGCAUAUGAUGAUAAUAAUUUACAAUGAAAACAAGUUUUUUGUUUGCAUUCUGACCACAAGUAUUGUGGUUAAUGCAGACAUGAUUCCUUGUCGAAGGUUUCGGUUUGGUGUUCUAACAUCUUGACACAGCUGUUUUUGUUUGCCGGAAAAAAAGGGGAACACCUAUUCUCAUAAUUUGUCUUGUGUUCGGUUCUUUGUGGUUGAUGUUAAAUAAAGUGUCUGUAUAGAUGAUAUAUAUACACACAAGUGAUAAUAUAUGCACAGUUCACUCUGUAAAGUGUUGGCUUCUCUCUCCGCUUGCCACUCGUGCGUAAGGGAUACUCGCAGUGGCCGAGUGUUGUUUGUGUCGUGUGACCAGUCCGGUGGCGUUCGCGUUCACCUGCCGGCUGGCGAUUGGUAAAUAAAUCUCUUGA